UUUUUAAAAUGUUUUUUGAACAUCCGAACACCGACCCACUGCAAAACCAUCAAAACAAAAAUAAAACUGAAAUGAUCACAUUCUUUCUCUCUGUUCUUCUCUUUGGAAGCGUUUUUGAUCAUGUUAUACCUCUAAUUUCUCUUCGCUUGUCUCAGUCUUCGUUUGGUUUUGAAACAGUUCAGUUCGACAUGGCUCAGGAUCCGCAAGCUCUUUACUUUGCCGUCGGUCCCGGUCCCAACGAGAUCACCUGUCCUUAUUGCAGGACCAAGGCUAAGACCCGUGUGGUGCGAUCCUGGCUGCGUUGUUGCACCAAGAGACACCACUGUGGGGCCUGCGGGGAGUACCUGGGCGUAUACCGCCGUCCACAACUGUAGACCAUCCCUUAAGAUGUAAUCUAAUCUAUUUAUCACCAGAAGAAGAAAUAUAACUACAAAAUACAGUGCAUUUUAUUUUUGUUUCAUAUGUUGAUGUUAUUGUAAAUAAUAAAAACUAUUUUAACUUUUUAAAAUAAUGUUGUAAUUCUUAUGAACAGGCUAAUAAUAUAUAAACCUGUUAUUAUAAGUGAAAUUCUAAAUAUUCUCUGAAAUCAAAUGUUUACAAAUGGAAUUUUGUAAUAAAGAGAGAAUGAUAUAUGUAU